AUGAAUUCACACGUUGUCAAGAAGGGCUGUCUCUCUGUCAAGGAAGAUGGGUUAAAGUCUUGGAUGUGGUCAAAGAGAUGGUUACUUCUUAGAGAACAAACGUUGACUUUCCAUCGUAAUGAGAAUACAUAUAACGCAGUCGCUCUUAUUUUUCUAAAAGAAAUUACGAGCGUCCAACGUAUUGAGCUAAAGCCUUAUUGUCUUGAGAUCUGCACAAAAGAUAAAACUUAUUACUUAUCAUGCAAGAAUGACGAAGAACUAUACUCAUGGUUAGAUGAAAUAUACCAGCGAUCACCUUUAAGUGGUGUCUCGAAUCCAACCAAUUUCGUACAUAAAGUUCAUGUCGGUUUUGAUCCUGUCAGCGGCAUGUUCACCGGUCUCCCUGAACAAUGGACUAAACUACUAACUGCCUCGGCAAUUACGAAAGAAGAUUAUGCAAAGAAUCCACAGGCAGUGUUAGAUGUUUUGGAGUUCUACACUGAAAAUCAAAAGCGCGAACGCGAAGAAUAUAAUGAACAUGGCAUAUUAGGACCAAUUCCUGGUAUAAACAAUAAUCAGGAUGAUAAAUGGGCGGAUUUGGUACCAAAGAACACUGGACAACCUUAUUAUGGAGGACCCAACAAUGGCUACGAGCAACAGAUGGGUUAUUCUGGAAACGGAAUGCCAAUGGAUCCAAGAUCUUACAAUAAAAUGAAUGCACCACCAAAUCGAAUGGAUGCUGUAGAUCCUCGAAGAUAUUACGAUGGCGGGGCUUCUGGUAUACCGCCAAAGGGCUAUCCUCCCAAUGAACGACCACAAAACAUACCUUCCUCGAACUCCCAAACAGGAAUGCCUGCAGCCCAACCCAUGCGCAAACCAAGUUACAAUACACCCGGUCAAACAAACCUAUCACCUGUACCUCAACGUUAUCCUGAUCAAUACGGAGGACCUAAUAAUAACCAGGAAGUUCCUAGUCGUCCAGCAACCAAACCCUAUAGCCAACAACAGCGAGCCCCGAGUCCCAACCCGAGACCACAGCAAACACAGCAUACGCAACAACAACCUCAUACGCAACAUGCACAACAUGCACCGCAUUCGCCACAUCCACAACAGAGAAGAAUCAGCACGAUGACGGAAGUGCAGAUUAUGGAGAAGUUACGAUCCGUCGUCUCACAGGGUGAUCCAACCACUCUUUAUAGUAAGAUUAAGAAAGUUGGCCAAGGUGCCUCCGGCUCCGUAUAUGUGGCAAAGUCGCUGGUUACGAACGCCAAGGUCGCGAUUAAGCAAAUGGACUUAUCUCACCAACCUCGAAAGGAACUUAUUGUCAACGAAAUUCUUGUAAUGAAGGAAUCGCAACAUCCGAAUAUUGUCAACUACCUUGAUUCGUUUUUGGUGAAGGGCAAUGAAUUAUGGGUGGUAAUGGAAUAUAUGGAAGGUGGCGCAUUGACGGAUGUGAUCGAUAAUAACAGUUUAGAAGAAGACCAGAUAGCGGCCAUUUGCCAUGAGACUUGUAACGGUCUCCAACACCUUCACAGUCAAAAUAUCAUUCAUCGUGACAUUAAGAGUGACAAUGUUCUUUUGGAUGCCUAUGGACAUGUUAAAAUAACUGACUUUGGUUUUUGUGCCAAGCUUACGGACCAGAAAAACAAGCGCGCAACAAUGGUCGGAACACCGUAUUGGAUGGCUCCCGAAGUUGUUAAGCAGAAAGAAUAUGGUGCUAAAGUAGAUAUUUGGUCAUUGGGCAUUAUGGCGAUCGAAAUGAUAGAAAAUGAACCGCCUUAUCUCGACGAAGAACCACUGAAAGCACUAUACCUUAUUGCUACAAAUGGUACUCCUACAUUAAAGAAACCAGAGAAGUUGUCAAAAGAACUUAAAGGCUUCCUUGCAGUUUGCUUAUGCGUGGAUGUAAAGAGUAGAGCAACUGCUGGCGAGCUUUUGAACCACGACUUUUUGAGAAAAGCCUGUCCACUUUCCGAUCUUGCUCCCCUGCUCAAGUUUAAAACCGCAAAAGACGGGAGAACAUAA